ACAGCCCGGAGACUAAUCCUGUGGUGUGACAGCUGCCGUCCUGGGGAUGAGGCGCCUCUAAGGAACAUUUACAGUAAAACCGUCCAGGAAUCAGGCAAGCUGUGCACGAUCCUACGAGACACCAUGAUGACCUCACAUCUACUCUUUCUGUGCACCAUCAACUUCUUCAUCACAUUUAAAGGGGGCGCUUGCGCCAGAAAUGUCAAUUUCGAUAAUGUGAGGCCUCCCUUGGACCCCACCCCAUUCCCUAACAGCUUCAAAUGCUUCACAUGUGAGAAAUCGACUGACAAUUAUAACUGCAACCGCUGGGCCGAAGACAAGUGGUGUCCAGCGAAUACACAUUACUGUAAAACAGUUCACCACUUCACCAGCCACGGAAAAAGUAAAUCAGUCACUAAGAAGUGUGCGACGAGAGAGGAAUGUCACAACCUGGGGUGUCGUCAUCAUCGGGACUCGGGUCAUACGGAGUGCACUUCCUGCUGUGACGGGAUGAUCUGCAACGUGGACGUGCCCUCAAAUCACACAAACGCGGUAUUGAGCCUCACGAGAUCGCAUCGGAAGUCAGAUGCCCACAGGGUGGUGGCUUUCUCGCCUGCCGUGGCAGCUGCCGUACUCAUUCUGGUGAUCCUCUAGCAUCAUUGGGCUCAUACUGUCAUUCAGGAGUCAUGCAGUCAGGAGUCAUCGACUCCUCAGAGGGCGGCGUAUGCCGAUACGAUGGUGAAGUCCUCUCAUUGGCAGAACGAUCGGGAGGUAACACUUUGGUCGAAUGACCUCGAACCGACCUUCGAAAGGCGCCGCCUUCGGACAGAAAUGAUUUCCGUGUUUUCACGGGAAUGUGUUAACCCCUGGGAUUCUGACCCAGGAAAUAUGGACAAUCAGCCAUGUUAUUGUGGUUCCUAUGCAAUCAACUUAUUAUGCACCACGACGAAUGUCGGCCGCAACAUUUCCAGCACGGACCUAGGAGGAUAAAGCGGAGACGGUUAAGCUCCAGCCUAUGUUAUGUAGCAAAAGGGAGUGUACAUGCAGGAGCGAAUGAGGACUGGCAUCAAAAUAUGCAAUUUUAGAGAAUUUUGUAUAAUUUUGUGUACGGUAAUUGUGUUUUUUUUUAUUAUAUUUAUUGUGAUGAUUGAUGCCCGUCUUCUAUAGUGGAUCACCUCAUGGUUCUUAUUAUUCCAAUGAUCGAUGUCAUCAGUGGUGUCUCCGUCAUCUAAAAUGUUAAAGGAGCACUCCAGGCAAAAUGUAUCCGUGUUAGACCCUAUUCACACAACCGUAUUUUUAGUCCACAUUCGACCCCCAUUUUUUGCAGAUUGGAUGUGGACCCUUUCAUUUCGAUGGAUCCGCAAUGCAGUCCACAUCCGUAUGUCUGUUCCGCAGUCCCACAAGAAAGAUGGAACAUGACAUAUUCCAUUUGGUGGACAAGAAUGGGCAUUGUUACAGUAGAUGCAA